AUGAGCUUCUGUUAUUAUUUACCACAGACACACGGCUUGAGGAGUGACAUUCUGGAAGUUGGCUUUCGUACGCAAUUGAUUUAUAAUCCUGGGUCAGGCCUGUUGCUCAGUCCGAGUCUCGUUCCCCCCAACAUGACUUCUAAUUCAAUUAGGCCGACUGCAGAAAGUCAGCCCAUGUAUCCGCCACCAUCCGAUUUACUUUCACUCGUUCGCCAAGGCAUUCCGACGAGGUCAACAACGGCCCAACCUCAGAAUAUUGUCGAUACCAGCCCAACUCAGCCAAACAACAGUACAGAUGGGCUAAAUGACGCAUAUGCCGUAGAUUCCACCCAAUUUUCCUUAUUCUUCAACUCCUCUUCCAUGGUGGCAUCGGUGGAGCCUAGCCAGAACGCAUCCAAUGUUAUGACAACACGUCUACGUCAGCCGGUUGAGGGACAGCAUGAGCAGCUGCUCCCAACAACAUCCGUUCUACUCAACGGUAGUUGUACAGCUGGUUUAUUACCUCAACCCAAUCAGGCCUAUACGAUCACUGAACCAGCUCUUCCACAACACAACCAGCAAUCAGCUCCAACGUCCAUUGUACAGCAUUCAUUGUUAACCGCUGCCCUUCUCCAAGAACAGCACCAGCAGCAACAGCAUAGUCAACUCUAUCCGGUGUCAGUGCACUCCUCGCCGCCCACAUUAUUGCCACAACACGAACUCACACCAUUUAUCCAAACAUCCAGUCAUUCUCUGGUCUCGGCACAUGACUGUGGUAAACCGUUUGGUUUUCUGAGCAUAUGUUAUUGCGGACACUAUCGGCGAGUGUUAGAUCUGUGCUCAAAUCCUUCGUCAACUACCCUGACAACAAGACAGCGCGCCGCUAGUGACAAGUUGUGGUGGCGCCACUGUGAAUUUCCUGUCGCAGAGUUGAAGGGUAACGACUAG